AUGUCGUCAUCGAAUUCUUCAACGACGACAACUCAACUUCAAUAUGCACAAGAACAACUGAAUCGUUAUAUGCCAAUGGUUUUAUUAAUAUUUGGUAGUUUUGGUAACAUAUUAAAUGUAAUCAUACUUACAAGAAAACAGUUAUGUACAAAUCCAACUUCAACCUAUUUUCUUGCAUCAACAUUAGCUGGUUGUACUGCACUAUUAUUUGGUAGUCUUCUACGCGUACUUGAUGGCUAUUACAUUUAUCCAACAGCAGCUUCAGACUUGUAUUGCAAAGUUCGAGUAUUUCUCAAUUUUUUUUCAUUGUCACUCGCAUCGUGGUUUAUCGUUUUGGCUUGUGUGGAUCGAUAUGUAUCAAGUUCAAAAAAUGUUAAAAUUCGAUCAUUUAGCUCUGUUAAAACAGCUAAACGUGCAAUUGGUUUAAUGACUAUUCUUAUAUGUUCAUUAUUUUCACCGAUGCUUUAUUGUAUCCGAGGCAUGUGGGCAGCAGCAGUAUUGAAUUGUGGACCACCAUCACCUACAUGUCAGCAAUAUAAUAGCUUCAAUGUGUUAAUCAAUUUAAGUCUUCUACCACCAUUACUUAUGUUAAUUUUUGGCCUGUUAACAGUUCGUAAUGUGAGAUCAAUUGCUAGACGAAUUGUUCCAUCGACAACAACAACAACAAUAGGGGUUCCUUCUCGUAUGAAGAAUAAAGAUCGUCAGUUAACAGUUAUGUUAAUAGUACAGGUGGCAUUUAUAACAAUAAUAUCAUUACCAUUUUCAGUAGACAGAAUCUAUGCAGUAUUAACAAUAUCACUGGUCAAAAGUAACGAACGACAGGAUAUUGAAAACUUUUUGUAUACUUUACUAAAUUUAGUACAGUUCAUAAAUAGUGCAACAAGCUUUUAUCUCUUUACAUUAACAGGAACAAUAUUCAGGCAAGAAUUAAAACGUUUAAUAUUCUAUUAUUUACCAAGAAUAUCCACCACCAAUGAAACAACAACAAAAAGAAAAACGCAACUAGAACUAUCAACAAUUAAACAUUAA